CUGUCUGUCCUUAGGCGAGUUAUGCUGUAACCCACUUUACGAGUUAGGCUCUUGAGACAAGUUUAUAAGCAGGCUCAUACUGUGAAACUGAAAUAGAACGCCUACAUUACACUUUACUCCUGUGUUAGAAUACGCGUCUAAGGACACAACAAUGAGAGUUUUUAUUGUGCUCAUUUUCUGUGUGUAUUAUUCCAUUGGGGUAAAUGCCAAAACGGGUCAUCUUGUUGAAGGAGAACGAGAUGAACUAGACCUUAUUGCUGAAGAUGACGUUCUUCUGAACAAUAAUCCUCAUUUAAAUAGUGUGGAUGGUCUUGGAGACUCCCAUGAAGAUGUUUGUGCCCACCAUCAUUGUGGAGCUGGGAAAGAAUGUGUUGUGAAUGAGCUUAAUAAACCAACCUGUGCAUGCGUGAAAAAAUGCUUACCAGAAAAAGACGAGAGAAGAAAGGUAUGCUCCAACCAUAAUGAAACUUGGGAUAGUUAUUGUGAAGUGUAUCGUAUGCGAUGUCUUUGUAAAGAAGACAGUGAAGAAUGCAGCCGGAGGAAGUAUAGGCAUGUCCACGUAGAAUAUUACGGAGCAUGUCGAGAACUCCAAGAAUGUUCAGAGGAAGAGUUGGCAGAUUUCCCACGAAGGAUGCGAGAAUGGUUGUUCAAUGUAAUGCAAGAUUUGGUUCAGCACCAUGAACUAAAAGGUUAUUAUGCAAAGUUGGAAAAGGAAGCCGAAAAAAGUAUUAGUCGCAAGUGGGUUAAUGCUGUGAUUUGGAAAUUCUGUGACUUGGACACUCAUCCUGAGGACAGAGCCGUGUCUCGUCACGAACUCUUUCCACUUCGUGCCCCACUGGUGGUAAUGGAACAUUGUAUUAGCACCUUCCUCAACCAGUGUGAUGCUAAUAAUGACAAAAUGAUUACUUUGACUGAGUGGGGUGUAUGCUUGGGUCUAGAAGAAAAUGAAAUACUAGAUAAAUGUGCAGCUGUCAGAAGAAAGCAUUAGAACAGAUGGAUCUUGCCUCCAGCUUGAUGAAUGGCUAUUUAUAUGCAGAUUUAACUUGAGUAAUUUUGCAGACUUUACAAUGGACAGCCAUCAUCUUUACUUAGUCUGUAUGCCAUUGUGUCUUUUAAGUCAUUUAAACCUAAAGCUUCUAGUGAAUUUACUGACACUAAUUUACUUAAUUUUAAUGAGUAAAUGACAAUGCACUUAUGUAUAACCACUUUAACCUCUUUAUUUUGAUUUAAUUUGAACUUGCAUGAUCCCAAUACAUCCCCGUCAUAUUUCAUAUGAGUUGAAGGACAACAAAGUUACAAAACUGCCACAUAAAAAAAAUAUAUAUAUAUGGAAAGGUAAUUACAUUAUGUUAGUAUAAACUUCAGUCUUUUUACAUAUAUAUUAUACAAAUAUAUUUCAUUAAUUUUUUAUUCUUGAAAACUUUAUUUUUAAUAACAAAGUAAUGCUUUUACAAUAUUAUAAGUUCAAGAUUUUUAAAAGCAGUACUGUAUUGCAAAUUUUAUACUGAAAUAAAGCUUCUUUUUAGCCAAAUUUUAAAGUUCUACUUUCUUUACCACGCAUAAAUGUUAAAUUAAAAA